AUGCCGUCCUCGUCGCCCCCGCCGCCGCCUCCCGGGGCGUCCGGCGACGCGGUGCCGCCGUGGCUCAAGGCCCUGCCGCUGGCGCCCGAGUUCCACCCCACGGCGGCCGAGUUCGCCGACCCCGUCGCCUACCUGCUCAGGAUCGAGCCCGCCGCGGCGCCCUUCGGCAUCUGCAAGGUCGUCCCGCCCUGCGCGCGCCCGCCCCGCAAGGCCACCCUCGCCAACAUCGCCCGCUCCCUCGCCGCCAACGACAAGGCCGACGCCGACGACCACGCCCAGUCCCCGCCGUCCUUCCCCGUCCGCCACCAGUACCUCGGCCUCUGCCCGCGCCGCCCGCGCCCCGCGCUCCAGACCGUCUGGCUCUCCGCGCGCCGCUACACGCUCCCGCAGUUCGAGUCCCGGGCGGCCGCCGCCCGCGCCCCGCUCCUCGCCCGCCUCGGCGUCCCCGCCGCCAAGCACCAGGGCGACCGCCUCCCCCCGCUCGACCACGAGGCGCUCUUCUGGCGCGCCGCCUCCGCCGACCGCCCCAUCACCGUCGACUACGCCAGCGACAUGCCCGGCUCCGGCUUCCCCCCCUGCGCCGCGCGCUCCGCCCAGGGCCAGCAGCCCGCGCACGUCGGUGAGACGGCCUGGAACAUGCGCACCGCCGCCAGGAGCCCCGGAUCGCUGCUGCGGUUCAUGCGCGACGAGGUGCCUGGGGUCACCACGCCCAUGCUCUACGUCGGCAUGCUCUUCAGUUGGUUCGCCUGGCACGUCGAGGACCACGACCUCCACAGCCUCAACUACAUGCACCUCGGCGCCGCCAAGACCUGGUACGGGGUGCCCCGCGACGCCGCGCUCGCCUUCGAGGACGUCGUGCGCGUGCACGGCUACGCCGGGGAGGUGAACCCCCUAGAAGCAUUCGCGACGCUGGGGAACAAAACGACCCUGUUGUCCCCUGAAUUGCUCGUCGGCUCGGGGGUACCCUGCUGCAGGUUGGUGCAGAAUGCAGGGGAGUUUGUGGUCACCUUCCCAGGAUCAUAUCACUGCGGUUUCAGCCAUGGUUUCAACUGUGGCGAGGCAUCAAAUAUAGCUACUCCUGAAUGGUUGAGAGUAGCAAAAGAGGCAGCAGUCAGGAGAGCCUCAAUCAAUCAACCUCCCAUGCUUUCACACUAUCAACUGCUUUACGAACUUGCACUAUCAAUGUGCAUCAGGGACCCGUCCAUUGGGGCAAUGGAACCACGCAGUUCUAGACUGAAGGAAAAGAAGAAGGGUGAAGGGGGACAAUUGGUCAAGAAGUUAUUUGUCCAAAAUGCUAUUCAAGAUAAUGAACUGCUUAGUUGUCUUCUGAAUGAUGGAUCUUCUUGUAUUAUUCUUCCUAUAAAUGCUCAUGAUGGUCCUGUUCUUUCAGCUUUGCGUUCAAGAUCCCAAUUAAUACCUAAAUCCAAGUUGUCAGAUGGGCUAUGCAGCAAUGGAGAAACUCUUGAAGCCUUGGCAAGAUGUACGCAUAAUUCACAUAAUGCAGAAGGUGACAAGGCGGAUGUAAUCAGUGCUGCUGGGCUCUUAGAUCAGGGCUUAUUAUCCUGUGUCAGCUGUGGGAUUUUAAGUUUCUCCUGUGUGGCUGUCAUCAAGCCAAGAGAGUGUGCAUCAAAAUACUUCAUGUCUUAUGAUUAUAAUUCGAUCAAUGAUCAGCUUGUUGAUUCUGGAGGGUGUCAUCUGGCAAAUGCAGCUGGAAGUGAAGGGACCAAUGGUGGCAUUCUACGCCCCGGUUUUGAACUGCAUGGCACUGAAAUACUUCCUGAUGCUGGACCUGUCACUGAUUCUGCUCCUGAUCUUCUGGCAUCUGCUUAUGGAAAUCAACCGGACACUGAUGAACAUAAUCGGAAUAAGAAAAUUAAGGUCUCUCAUGACUCCAGCGAAUUAGACGGAACGAAGAUUCCCUCAAGUAGCAUUAAAUGCCAACAAAGACCAUCAUCCCAGAGCUCUCAGUGUAUUGGCGGCUCAAGUAUUUCGAAUGGACCAAGAGGUGUUCGCACAAGAAACAAAUAUCAACUUAAGAUGGCACUGUCUCAAGGUUUUCAGCUAAAGAAUAAUUAUUGGACAAUGGAACAGAAAGUUCAACCUGAACCGUCAAGGUCAAAAGAGACUGUGAAGGAGCCACUUGAUGCCAGCGGUGCAGAUAAUGAUGCUAGAUGUAGCACUGCAAUUUCUGUGGGUGGCCCUAGAAUCUCUACAACCACGAUGGACAACUUAAAUAAACCAAUUGUGAAAAUUGAUAAGGAUUCAGCAAGAAUGCAUGUAUUUUGUCUUGAGCAUGCCGUCGAGGUUGAGAAGCAACUCCAAGCAAUUGGUGGGGCCCAUGUUAUUCUUUUAUGCCGUCCAGUACUGUUCAAAAUCACAGUAAUACUCUCUAUCAACGUUGAAUAUCUUAGAAUAGAAGCAGAAGCAAGGUCGUUAGCUGCCGAACUGGAAGUUGAGCAUGGCUGGAAGGACAUCCAUUUCAGGGAAGCCAACAUGGAGGACAGGAAGAUGAUUGAAGAACUCCUGCAGGAUGAGGAAUCAAUACCAACAAGCAGUGAUUGGGCUGUAAAGCUGGGAACCAAUCUUUACUACAGUGCAAAUCUGGCCAAAUCUCCUUUACAUAACAAACAAAUACCAUACAACAGGGUCAUCUAUAGGGCAUUUGGCCGCAGUUCUCCUGAUAACUCACCAGUAAAACUGGAAAACUGCGAGGGGAGUCGAGACACGCAGAAGAAAAUAGUCUUGGCUGGCCGAUGGUGUGGGAAAGCAUGGAUGUCAAACCAGGUCCAUCCAUUCCUAGCUCAGAGAAUUGAAAGCAGUGAACUGGAGGAGACCGACAAGUCUAGUGGAGUGGAAGCCUCCAAACGAAAUAGUAGCACUAUAACAGAUGUACCAAAAUCAUCAAGCAAGAAAAGGGAGAACAUGGCUGUGGAGGUAACAACAGACACCAAGAGGCCCAGACUAGCUAAGGGGUACAGCUCCAAAGCAUUAAAAGGCGUUGCUGAAGUGUCCCACCCCUCACCAACUGCAGUGGUUCCCCGUGUCAGCUCUAGGAUUGCCGAUAGAGCAAACAGGCUAAAAUCAGAGAUGACAGAAGAGCCAAAGGCUACUUCCCAUUCGCGAACAAGGCCACCAAAGAAGUUUGAGGUUGAAGCAAAGAAGCAAAUGAAGAUGAGGAAAGAAGACAAGAUGAUGGCUCCAACUGCUCCAAAGGAUGAUGAGGAGCGCCCAUCUGCUACCAAGGGGGGUCCUUCUGUGGGCCCUGCCACUAAGCUGGAGUUUUCUCAGCGUAAGCGCAGAACCAGAACCGAUACGAUGAAGCAACUGAAGAAAGCCACAGGAGAGGAGAGGACUCCAAGAGAUCAUCCAAUGCACGUCGAAGGGUACACAUGCAGCAUCGAGGGUUGUUCGAUGAGCUUUGACACAAGAAAUAAACUGUCCCUGCAUGAGCUUGACAUGUGCCCGGUUGAGGGCUGUGGAAAGAAGUUCUUCACCCACAAGUUUCUGCUGCAGCACGGCAAGGUUCACAUCGAAACGAUGAAGCAACUGAAGAAAGCUACAGGAGAGGAGAGGGCUCCAAGAGAUCAUCGGAUGCGCGUUGAAGGGUACACUUGCACUAUCGAGGGCUGCUCAAUGAGCUUCGACACGAAAAAGGAACUGUCCCUGCAUGAGCGCGACACCUGCCCGGUCAAGGGCUGUGGGAAGAAGUUCUUCACGCACAAGUAUCUGCUGCAGCACCGCAAGGUCCACACAGACGACCGUCCGCUGAAGUGCCCGUGGGAGGGCUGCGACGUGGCGUUCAAGUGGGCAUGGGCCAGGACAGAGCACCUUAGGGUUCAUACGGGCGACAGGCCCUAUGUUUGCCGUGAGCCAGGGUGUGCAGAGACGUUCAGGUUUAUAUCAGAUUUCAGCCGUCACAAGCGCGAGACAGGCCACUCAACCAAGCAGACUAAAACCAAGACAUGA